AUGGCGAACAAUACAAAUUCAGAGCACUUUGUGGAGUUGUAUGAAAUUCGCAAAGGUUUGAAAAGGGAAUUUGCCUUUGCUAUGAAGGCCCAAUCUCAGAUAUGUGAUUCUCUAGGUCGAACUCGAUCAAAAAAGGCUCAAACUUUGGUUGAGGUAUCAACUGAUUCAUCCGACAUGCGAUACAAAAACUCUAGGUUACCAAAGAUUAAAAAUCUAACAAAUAUGGUAAAAACCAAUGAAGAUGUUGGUGUUGUUCUAAGUAAAAAGGAAGUAAAGAGUGAUGUGAUGGAUACAAAGAAACUUAAAAGCCAAGUGAGUGAUGAAGCAACAAUGUUGGUUAUGUGUGAAAAGGAGCACAAUAGUGAUGAACCUAAAACACAUGUAGAGGAUAGAGGUGUAACUAUUGUUAUUUGUGAUGAAGUGAACAAAAAUGAACCUAAGACUGAGAUUGUGCAAAAACAACCUGCUUGUGAUAAUGACAUGAAAGAGAAAGUUGACAAUGAUGAGAUUGUUUCAACUUUGGGUUACAAGUUGAAAAUCCCAUUAAAGUCUACACAAUCAACAUUAAACAAAUUAGAAAAUUAUGAUAGCAAGGUUAAGAGUAAUGGUGUUUAUAAAGAAAGAAAAAAUGUUUCUAUGAUUAUUGCUUCAACUCCAAUGACAUCUUCUAUGGCUUUUAUGGGAAAAAAGUUUCCUUCCAAGCUAAAAGACCUUUUAUCUUCUGGAAUUCUUGAAGGACUACUUGUGAAAUAUGUUCGCAGCAUAAAGGCAAAAUCUAUAGGACUUCUGGGAGUUAUUUCUGGCAUUGGAGUAUUGUGUUAUUGUGAAGUUUGUAACAAAGCUGAAGUUGUGUCACCCACAAUUUUUGAGUUGCAUGCUGGUAGCUCAAACAAGCGUCCUCCAGAAUAUAUUUUCCUUGAGAAUGGAAGUACUCUUCGUGAUAUCAUGAAUAUAUUUCUGAAUAUUCCAUUAAACACUUUGGAGGAAGUUGUUCAAAAUGCUUUGGGAGACUUCACAAUGAAAAAAUCUAAGUUUUGCGAUUGUCAAGCUAAUCUCAUUUCAACAAAUGACAACAAUAAUACCUUUGCAGUUCAAUCCAGGUCUUCACAGUUAGCUACGUUUCCAAAGUCACUAAGUCGUGGAAUGAAACAUAACACAUCUCAUGGAAAUAGCAGAGGAAAAUUAACUAGAAAGGAUUUACGCUUGCAUAAACUAAUAUUUGAGGAAGAUGGGUUGCCAGAUGGAACUGAAGUUGGAUACUAUGUUCAUGGAAAGAACCUAUUAUCUGGUUAUAAGAAUGGAUCUAGAAUUGUUUGUAAUUGUUGCAAUCGUGAGAUUAGUCCUUCUCAAUUUGAAGCACAUGCUGGUUGGGCAUCGCGACGACAACCUUAUGUGCACAUAUGUGUAUUAUCUAAUGGACUAUCACUCCAUGAUUUGUCUAUCUCCCUAUCAGAAGGUCGCAAAUUUCCUACCAAUGAUAAUGAUGACCUAUGUAGUAUAUGCAGAGAUGGAGGAAAUCUUCUGUGUUGUGAUGGAUGCCCAAGAGCUUUUCACACAGAUUGUGUAUCUCUUCCAUGUAUUCCAAGUGGUACUUGGUAUUGUAGGUAUUGUCAGAAUUUGUCUGAAAAUAACAAAUAUAUUGAGCAUAAUGAGAGUACCAAGGUUGUAGGGAGAGUUGAAGACAUUGAUCCCUUAGAAGAGAUAAACCAGAAAUGCAUCCGUAUUGUCAAAGAAUUUGAAAUUGGUGGAUGUGCAUUGUGUAGAAGCCAAGAUUUCAGCAAAAGCUUUGGACCUCGAACAGUGAUUAUUUGUGAUCAGUGCGAAAAAGAGUAUCAUAUUGGGUGUUUGAAGGAUCAUAAUAUACAGAACAUAGAGGAAUUACCUGAAGGGAAUUGGUUUUGCUGUUCAGAAUGUGAGAACAUUAAUGCUACUUUGGUGAAUUUGGUGGCUCGUGGAGAAGAGGAUCUUCCAAAUCCCCUCUUGAAUUUGAUAAAAAAGAAAUACAAUAACAAAGGCUUAGAAUUUGGGUCUGAUGUUCAUAUAAAAUGGAGGCUUCUGAACUGGAAAGUGGGUGAAUCUGAGGAAGCAAGGCAAUUGCUUUCAAAAGUUGUUGCUAUUUUUCAUGAGCAAUUUGAUCCAAUAGUUCAUACUACAACUGGGACUGAUUACAUUCCAGCAAUGGUUUUUGGAAGGAACAUUAUAGGUCAAGAUUUUAGUGGAAUGUACUGUAUGUUACUCACUGUCAAUGAAGUGGUUGUAUCUGCUGGAGUUUUUCGUGUGUUUGGGUCAGAAAUUGCAGAACUUCCUUUAGUGGCUACUGUUACUGAUUUUCAAGGACAGGGAUACUUUCAAUCUCUGUUUUCUUGCAUUGAGGGUUUGCUUGGAUCAUUGAAAGUGAAACGAUUUAUUCUUCCGGCUGCUGGUGAAGCUGAAUCAAUAUGGAUUAAUAAAUUUGGGUUUACAAAGCUACAUCAAGACGAGAUCAACAAUUAUUGGAAAUAUUAUCACAUGAUGAUCUUUCAAGGGACCUGUUUACUACAGAAGCAAAUUCUUCAGUUUUGA